UUUUAAAAAUCCUAUCAGAUUUUCAACUUUCCAUCGAGUCCAACAAAACUCCAACGACGCGUUCUUCAACUUUUCAAGCCAACUCUUCAGCUCGAUCCUUAACGUAUGUCUUCGGAAGGAUUGAGUUUGGCCCUCGCGGUCCCCGCAACCUAUACGUUUCUUACAAUUACUCUCAUCUUUUUGAUGCUUUCUGGGACGUUUCUGCCUCUGCAAUGUUGCUGCUGCAAAAAGAAGAAAAAAAAGAGAUUGGUUCGACCACAGCCCGCCCCUGCUGCAACGGAAGCUCCAUCAGCACAACAAACGGUUGGACAACAGCAAGGUGUUAAGAAGUCUGUCAAAAAGCCAAGCGAGAAACCAAAAGAGAAGAAGGAAGGAUCAAAAAGCAAGUCAAGUAAAGCAGGGCUGUGCGCCAAAAUUUUCGCGUGGCGCGCCAAACGCCAAACGCCAAUUUUUUAAAUUUUAAAAACACGCCAAACGCCAAACGCCAAAAAUCGGCCAAAAUCAACGCCAAAACGCCAAACGCCAAACGCCAAAAUUUUUAGUGUCUAUAAAGACUUAAAAACCACUGUUCAUCUCAUUUUAGCGCCGCAGGCGAAAUUUUUUGAAUUUUCAAGAUUCCCAGAAGCCAGAAUUCAUCCUUUUUUACCGCCGGAGCGAAAUUUUUGAGAAUUUUGGAGGCAAAGAAGCCGAAAUUCAUCCUUUAAAAAAUUUA